AUGUUGGACCCGUCGUCCAGCGAGGAGGAGUCGGAGGAGCUGGUGGAGGAGGAGAGCGGCAAGGAGCCGCUGGCGCCCGCCGCGGCGCGGCUCUCGCCCAGCCGCCCCGGCGAGGGCCCGGGCGGCGGCAGCGGCGGCGGUGCCGGCGGCGGUGGGAGCGCCGGGGGGCUGCAGCCCGGCGGGCGCGGCAGCAGCGCGGCGCGGCCCGCCAGCCCCAGCCCCUCGGUGGCCAGCGAGAAGGAGAAGGAUGAGCUGGAGCGGCUGCAGCGGGAGGAGGAGGAGAGGAAGAAGAAGCUGCAGCUCUACGUCUUCGUCAUGCGCUGCAUCGCCUACCCCUUCAACGCCAAGCAGCCCACCGACAUGGCCCGCCGGCAGCAGAAGAUAAGUAAGCAGCAGCUCCAGACAAUCAAAGAUCGUUUCCAGGCCUUUCUCAAUGGAGAAACCCAGAUUGUGGCAGAUGAAGCAUUUAUAAAUGCUGUCCAGAGCUACUACGAGGUAUUCCUGAAGAGCGACCGCGUUGCCAGGAUGGUGCAGAGCGGAGGCUGCUCGGCAAACGACUCCCGGGAGGUCUUCAAGAAGCACAUCGAGAAGAGAGUGCGCAGCCUGCCAGAAAUCGACGGCCUCAGCAAGGAGACAGUCCUGAGCUCCUGGAUGGCAAAGUUUGAUGCUAUUUACCGUGGGGAGGAGGAUCCCCGGAAGCAGCAGGCCAGGAUGACAGCGAGUGCUGCCUCGGAGCUCAUUCUCAGCAAGGAGCAGCUCUAUGAGAUGUUCCAGAACAUUUUGGGGAUCAAGAAAUUUGAGCAUCAGCUUCUGUACAAUGCAUGUCAGCUGGACAACCCUGAUGAACAAGCAGCACAGAUCAGACGUGAGCUAGAUGGACGUCUCCAAAUGGCAGAACAAAUUGCCAAGGAGCGCAAGUUUCCCAAGUUUGUGUCCAAAGAAAUGGAGAACAUGUACAUUGAGGAGCUGAAGUCAUCUGUCAAUCUCCUGAUGGCAAACUUGGAGAGCAUGCCUGUGUCUAAAGGAGGCUCUGAGUUCAAGCUGCAGAAGCUGAAACGUAGCCACAACACCUCAAUAAUUGACAUGGGAGAGGAAAAUGAGAACCAGCUUUCCAAGUCAGACGUCGUGUUGUCAUUCUCCCUGGAGGUUGUCAUCAUGGAGGUGCAGGGGCUGAAGUCGCUGGCCCCCAACCGCAUCGUGUACUGCACCAUGGAGGUGGAAGGGGGGGAGAAGCUGCAGACAGACCAGGCUGAAGCCUCGAAGCCAACCUGGGGCACCCAAGGAGACUUCACGACAACCCAUGCACUUCCUGCAGUGAAGGUGAAGCUGUUCACGGAGAGCACAGGAGUGCUGGCUCUGGAGGACAAAGAGCUUGGGAGGGUCGUUCUCCACCCUACUCCUAACAGCCCAAAGCAGUCAGAGUGGCACAAAAUGACUGUUUCCAAAAACUGCCCUGAUCAAGACCUGAAGAUCAAGCUUGCUGUGCGAAUGGAUAAGCCUCAAAACAUGAAGCACUCUGGGUAUUUAUGGGCCAUUGGUAAAAAUGUUUGGAAGAGAUGGAAGAAACGAUUCUUUGUCCUGGUCCAGGUUAGUCAAUAUACAUUUGCUAUGUGCAGCUACCGGGAGAAAAAAGCAGAACCUCAAGAGCUGCUGCAGCUCGACGGAUACACUGUGGACUACACCGACCCGCAGCCAGGUUUGGAUGGUGGCAGAACAUUCUUCAACGCUGUGAAGGAAGGAGACACGGUGAUUUUUGCGAGUGACGAUGAGCAGGACCGAAUCCUGUGGGUCCAAGCCAUGUACCGAGCCACUGGCCAGUCUCACAAACCUGUGCCACCUACCCAAGUGCAAAAGCUAAAUGCUAAAGGAGGAAAUGUACCCCAGAUAGACGCUCCAAUCUCUCAAUUUUAUGCAGAUAGAGCUCAAAAGCAUGGCAUGGAUGAAUUUAUCUCUUCCAAUCCCUGUAACUUUGACCACGCUUCACUCUUUGAGAUGGUUCAGCGCCUCACUUUGGACCACAGACUUAAUGAUUCCUAUUCUUGUCUGGGCUGGUUUAGUCCUGGCCAGGUCUUUGUGCUAGAUGAGUAUUGUGCACGUAAUGGAGUGAGAGGCUGUCACAGACAUCUCUGCUACCUCAGAGAUUUGCUAGAGCGCGCAGAAAACGGAGCUAUGAUUGACCCCACCUUACUUCACUACAGCUUUGCCUUUUGUGCAUCACAUGUUCAUGGCAACAGGCCUGACGGGAUAGGAACUGUGACCGUGGACGAGAAAGAGCGUUUCGAAGAGAUCAAGGAGCGGCUCCGGGUGCUGCUGGAGAAUCAGAUCACACAUUUCAGGUACUGCUUCCCAUUUGGCCGUCCAGAGGGUGCACUGAAAGCCACUCUGUCACUGCUGGAAAGGGUUCUGAUGAAAGACAUAGUUACUCCGGUCCCUCAAGAGGAGGUAAAAACAGUCAUCCGUAAAUGCUUGGAGCAAGCAGCUCUAGUCAAUUAUACUCGACUAUCAGAGUAUGCCAAAAUUGAAGAGAAUGUAGGCCGGUUAGUCACACCAGCUAAAAAGUUAGAAGAUACAAUACGUCUGGCAGAGUUGGUAAUUGAAGUCCUACAGCAAAACGAAGAGCACCAUGCAGAGGCCUUUGCUUGGUGGUCAGACCUGAUGGUUGAGCACGCGGAGACCUUCCUGUCGCUGUUUGCGGUGGAUAUGGACGCGGCGUUAGAGGUGCAGCCCCCAGACACCUGGGACAGCUUCCCGCUCUUUCAGCUCAUUAACGAUUCCCUCCGUAGUGACUAUAAUUUGUGCAAUGGAAAAUUCCACAAACACCUCCAAGACCUGUUUGCUCCACUUGUUGUUAGAUAUGUCGAUCUGAUGGAGUCCUCAAUUGCACAGUCAAUUCACAGGGGCUUUGAGCGGGAGUCAUGGGAGCCAGUAAAGAGUUUAACAAGUAAUCUGCCCAAUGUGAAUCUACCAAAUGUGAAUCUCCCUAAAGUACCAAAUCUACCAGUUAACAUCCCACUAGGCAUCCCACAAAUGCCUAGCUUUUCUGCACCGUCAUGGAUGGCUGCUAUUUAUGAUUCUGACAAUGGAUCAGGCACCUCAGAAGACAUGUUCUGGAAACUUGAUGCCCUACAGACCUUCAUUCGGGAUUUGCACUGGCCUGAGGAGGAGUUUGGGAAACACUUGGAGCAGCGCUUGAAGCUUAUGGCGAGUGACAUGAUCGAGUCCUGUGUGAAAAGAACAAGGAUUGCAUUUGAAGUAAAACUGCAGAAAACCAGCCGAUCAACAGAUUUCCGAGUCCCUCAAUCAAUAUGCACCAUGUUUAAUGUCAUGGUGGAUGCCAAAGCUCAGUCUACAAAGCUUUGCAGUAUGGAAAUGGGCCAAGAGCACCAGUACCAUUCAAAAAUAGAUGAACUAAUUGAGGAAACCGUCAAAGAAAUGAUAACACUCCUAGUGGCAAAGUUUGUCACCAUUUUGGAAGGAGUCUUGGCCAAACUGUCUAGAUAUGAUGAAGGGACUUUGUUUUCUUCAUUCCUGUCAUUUACUGUGAAGGCUGCUUCCAAAUACGUGGAUGUACCCAAGCCAGGAAUGGAUGUUGCUGAUGCCUAUGUGACAUUUGUCCGCCACUCUCAGGAUGUCCUGCGUGAUAAGGUCAAUGAGGAGAUGUAUAUAGAAAGGUUAUUUGAUCAAUGGUACACCAGCUCCAUGAGUGUUGUGUGCACUUGGCUGACAGACCGCAUGGACCUGCAGCUCCACAUCUACCAGCUGAAAACCCUCAUCAGGAUAGUCAAGAAAACGUACCGAGAUUUCCGAUUGCAAGGCGUGCUGGACUCCACCUUGAACAGCAAAACCUACGAGACCAUCCGGAACCGGCUGACAGUGGAGGAGGCCACGGCGUCGGUCAGCGAGGGCGGGGGGCUCCAGGGCAUCACCAUGAAGGACAGCGAUGAGGAGGAUGAGGAGGAUGACUAGGGGAGCUGGAGCACCGGCUGGGGGUCACCUGGUAUCCGUGCAUGUACCUCGUCUGUAACUCAGUUAGCCACAUUAGGAAUUUUUAUGUCAGCUCUAAAUGCCCAUGAGAAGUUUACCAAUACAAAUGCCAUGUUAGCUGUGUGGUAAUAAGAUUAGCACCUCUCUUUGAUUCAUCAGUUUCCUAAUUUCAUAUCUAUAUGUUCAUAAGCAAUAUGGAGCACCAUUGUUUAAUACUGUUAAUGGAAAAACUACAUAGAAAACAUCCUAGGUGUGUCCCUGUUAUUAAAGUUUAAACAAUGCUUCAUUAAUGUACUGUAUAUACAUUGAUGGUAAAUUGUUGUGAAGAUGAGUGACUCGAGUCCUUUCAUUUCUUUCUCUUCUGUGGAUGCCAACUGCUUAAAAUUAAUUAAAAAAACAGCUUUGUUUUUAAAAGAAAAACCAGGCAAUUACAAAUGAUUUUUUUGUUCUCUCUCUGUUAAUUUAAAAACCAGAAAACAAACAAACCCAGACAGCCGUUUGAAUCAUUCUGCAUCCUUGUUAAAGUACCAGGCUCUUCCCUUCAAUAUGCAGUUAACUCCAUAGAGACUACAUCCCAAAGGAUUAGUCAUUCUAAUUGCCACACCAGAUUAAUCCUAUCAUUAUGGAUAUAUCAUGCCACAUUACAAGUCCAAAGCAGUUGUUUUAUGUUGACGUUUGCUCCUCUAAAUGUUACAUUUUUGUUUAAAUUUCAAAUAACCGUGUAUGUACAAAGACAACUUUAAUUACAAUCUUAGACUCUACAAAUGUGUUUAUAAUAAUAUAUUGAAUAUUUAUUUCGGUAGAUUGUAACCAUAAUUUACAACUCCUCUGUUUCACAAUGGUUUUUAUAUAUGUCAUGUACAUUGCAUUUUGACAGUAACUGCAUGUCCAUCAGUUCCUUCUCCAGAGCUUUUACUUUCUGUGUAAAAUAGUGAUCCAUCUUGCUUUUUUUGCCUUAUACAAGCCGACAGUUGUAAAAGUGUGAGAACUGUGGCUUCUCAAUAAAUAACUAUUCAGAUGUCCUAAUAAUAAAUUAUGGAGUCUUUUUAUGUCUGCCUUAGGAAAAAAAAAAACCAAACUAAGCUGAGAUGUAAGAGCCCCAACCUCACAGAAUAAAGGCAUUUUCUUUUCUCAUGGGUGUUCUUUAGUUUAUUAAUUAAGAAGAUGGUUUCCUGAUUUGCUCCCCAAGGUCAGGAUUGGGAGCACACUAUCUGUUCCCCAGGUACAAGGGCAUUUCUGCUAUGACCACCACAGCUCUUUCCACCAUUAUCUGCACUCUGUGUCCUGUGAUUUGUCCCUCGACAUCUAAUUGAUGUCUGCUCUGGUUCAGCCCCUGUUAUUAUAUGGCCAUCAGCCUUACCCAACACUUACCCUCCUUCAGAAGGCCUCAGUUUGUAUUUUAACUUCUCCCAAAGCAGUCUUGCUGAGUUGAAAUUAAAUUAAAG